AGAAAACAUUUUUUCUCAAAUGAGAUAAGAUAUAAAAUGGUAUAGAUAAUUUUAUGUUAAAAACAUGCAUAUACAUUAUGUGUUCAUGAAAUAUAUUCCUUUUCAGAGUUUACAAUGAAUAAUUCAACAGAAGGCGAUGCAGAUGAUAUGGAGUUGUUUCCCUUAUACGUGACUGUGCCCUUGGGAAUCUUUUUAGCUUUCCUGAUUUUUCUGGCGAUGCUGGGGAACGCAUUGACAAUUAUUGCGUUCGUGCGAGAUAAAAAGUUGCAGACCGUUUACAAUAUGUAUUUGGUGAACUUGGCCGUUACGGACUUCGCUUUAAGUUUAUUUAGCAUGACGGUGUAUUCCGUGCACACCCUUGCCAGCUUUUCCUGGCCCUUUGGAUACCACUUUUGCAAGGUCUUUCUGGUGAUUGAUUUUACACUUUGCUUGGAAUCUGUUAUUUCUAUCGUAGUCAUCAGCUUAGACAGGUUGCUUCUUCUAAAGCACGGUCCACACUACGUAUUGAAAGAGUCCACAAAAGUAGCCACGAUAAAGAUAGCUGUCUCGUGGGUGUUGGCGGUUUGUCUGUAUUCGCCGGCUAUCAUUGGGUGGGACUUGUGGACGGGUGAGGACGUGAGCGCCCCGGAGGACUGUGAUGUACAGUUCGCCUACCACUUUGUCUUCACCACCACGACAGCCGUCAUCGAGUUUGCCAUUCCAUUUAUCAUCAUCAGCAUCUUAAAUUUUCUCAUUUAUCUCGAAAUACGUAAGCGAACAGUGGUAUUUCCUAUGACCAAUACAGGGAAUUCCUCGUCUGAACCAAAUGCAGACUAUACAAGCGCCGCAGCCAAGGAAACAACACGUAAAGACAUCAAGGCAGCCCGUUUUCUUGCGAUGUUGGUUCUUGUUUUCUUUUUGACCUGGGCUCCGUACACUAUUACGACCAUCAUAAUUUCUUUUUGUGAAGAGUGCGUCAAUGAGUACGUUUAUGAAUUUUUGGUAUGGUUGUUGUGGUCUAAAUCCGCAAUCAACCCUUUUCUCUAUGUGUAUAACAGUACAAUGUUCUACAAGAACUUUAAAGAAAUACUGAGAUGCUGUAGAGGAUCGGCUACAAAUACCCUGAACUCUACCGUCGUGUCUCAUGUCACAUCUUGA